GCCUGGUACCAAUUCGGGAUAAAAUCCCAGCGGAAGCAACUUUUCCCCACACGUUUCUUGUUGUUUGAAGCGAUGUUUCUUUUUAGUUUUUGCUGCUUUGCCAAUAAAUUUUUCAUAUUUACCGAUCGAAAACCACUUCGAGACUUGGCUCAACCUGUAAUCAUAUUGCAGCUGUUUUAUUUAAAGUUGAGUAUGCUUGGAAUAAUGGAUUAGUCAUUAAACAAUCACCCACAUCAACAGAAUGCCAAUGGAAUAAUUAUGGCAAAAAAAGAAAAAUAGAACCAAAGAGAGUGUGUGAAAUGCAGUUAAGAAAACCCAGGUAUAAAAAGAAAGCAAGAGGAAACACAAUAAAUUCCCACCACAGGCAAUGUUAUCAACCUGGAAGCUUAAAUGUUGAAAAGGAUACUCCCACACUCAAGAGUUUACUUGGUGCUUUGUAUCCAAGUAUACCAAAUGCAUGUGGAUUUCAAUAUCUUGAUCUACAUGUGACUACUAAUUACUUCCCUGAGGAUAAUAUCAAUGUGGAGAGUACAAUUGAAAUUGAAACUUCCACUAGUGUACCAAAAAGUAUCCCUGAAAUAGUCUCUGAAGUGGACACAGGGAGUCAGGUACUUGACAUUCUAACCAGUUUCAGUGUUGAUGAAGCCCAUGUUCUUGAAAAUCGCACCCUUGGACAGAAUGGCAAUCACGAAUGGAAGUCUCAGCGUGUUGGCAGGAUUACUGCCUCUGUCUCACACAGUGUCAUGACUAAGGUUAACACUUUGCAACAAUCAAAUGACAAGACAAAUAAUGCAUGCAGCUCCCUUUUGGAUUCCUUGUGUUCAUUGAAAUCUGACAGCAAGGCAAUACCUGCAUUGCUUUAUGGCAUACAAAUGGAGGACGAUGCAAGAAAUGCAUAUACAAAAGUAAUAAAAACUUAAAAGCAUCAGAAUGUACAAGUGAGGCCUAGUGGACUAUGUGUAAUACCAAGCAAGGCCUAUAUUGCUGCAAGUCCUGAUGGAUUAGUGGACUGUACAUGUUGUGGGGAAG